GCGCAGGCGCGGUGGCGCAAGGUCGGCACUGAGGAAACAUGGCGGGCCCUACGGUCUCUUCGAGGUUGUACUCCUUGCUGUUCCGUCGGACUUCCACCUUUGCUCUCACCAUCGUCGUGGGCGCCCUGUUCUUCGAGCGCGCCUUCGAUCAAGGCGCGGACGCGAUCUACGAGCACAUCAACGAGGGGAAGCUGUGGAAACACAUCAAGCACAAGUAUGAGAACAAGGAGUAGUUCCCGGGAGGCCCCUCAGGGCCGGAAGGACCAGGGCUGCCCUCCGCCGACCGUGGCCCCGAGCCAAGGCCUCUGCUUGAAGAUGGAGCGCAAGUGAACUCUUCCUGGACCACCCUUAGCUGUUGGCAAGAAAUGAUGUCAGCUCCCUAACAGACUCUUUAAUUUCUGCCGCGUGUGGAGUUUAUUUAGUUGAAGUCAUCAGCAAAUAAAUGUGAAUUGUCCUUGA